AUGACGGUCCUCGCUUUCGGCAAUGAAAUCAACCUAGCUUCUUCAAUGAAACGCGAUGAUACUUUCACGUAUGAGUUUGGUGAUGGGACUACCCCGAUUGGCAAGGCUCUUCAUCUCUGCCAGGCUCUUUGGGAGGAUUUAGCCAAUCUUGCUGGACAAAACGCAAGAGCUGCUGUGAUCGUGUACAAGACGCGAGCUCCACCAUGUGGUACUAGUGUGACAGACCAUUGGGGAUGCAACUUGUUUAUUAAGCAGAUGAAGAUGAGAGUGGUGGACCUUGAUACUGGCAAGACUCCCAAUGAGUCCUAUGAUUUGAGCACUCUCGCAGGUGGAAAUCCAAAGAUAGACCAGAUCCCAGUAUGUUCUAUGCCCACUGUAAGCUAG